UCCAUGUGGUUCUUUGGACAAGGCAUCUAAGAUAAGAGACUUGGCAACGUAGCUACUAACAUUUCCUUUUUAUUCUCUCCUAUCGACAGGACCUAUCAUCCAUUCUUUCCAUGCAAAAAGGGUGUUUCAACAGCUUAAUUAAGAACUUUUGUGAUACUUUUUUGGCUCUGUCCAAUUGUACAAACAUUGAAGUUCGGUUGACCUUGUCCUUCCUCUGCCUCAAUAUUGUGCUAUGCUUAAGUUGAUGUGGGGAUUGGUUUAUGCGUUUUGUGACUGGCUGAGUUUGAUUCUUCCCGCAACCGAUGUCUGAUCAACGGUGGAAUAUUUAUAUGCGAUAUGGGUAUCUGUUGGAGAAGGCAAUUGACAUGAAGACGUGAUCCGUUGGGAAUUAGGCACCGAGAUGAAUACACAAAAGCGCAGGAAAUGGCUGGAGGCGCAGAUCUAACUGUCCCUUCUUUGGUGUCAAAAACUACCAAUGAUCGAAACCAAGAACAUGAAAGUGGGGGCAAUCACACCAGGCCUGGUUCUGAUGUGUUCAUGUCUCCCAAAGUGCCCAAGGCAGUGUCACCAGUUUCAUCUGUAGCUGAGGGGGAGACCAUUAUUAGGCGACCUCGUGGGAGACCAGCUGGUUCUAAGAACAAGCCUAAGCCACCCAUUAUUGUCACCCGAGAUAGUGCCAAUGCACUCCGUGCACAUGCCAUGGAAGUUAGCUCUGGCUGCGAUGUGAGUGAAAGUUUGGCCAAUUUUGCUAGGAGGAAACAACGUGGCAUUUGCAUACUUAGUGGCAGUGGAUGUGUCACCAAUGUCACGCUGCGACAACCGGCCUCCUCCGGUGCAAUAGUGACCCUUCACGGUCGGUUCGAGAUUCUUUCAUUGCUUGGAUCAAUCUUGCCUCCACCAGCCCCACCGGGCAUCACCGGCCUGACAAUAUACCUGGCUGGUGCUCAAGGACAGGUUGUCGGCGGGGGUGUGGUUGGUGCACUCAUUGCUUCUGGCCCUGUCGUGAUCAUGGCUGCAUCAUUCAUCAAUGCCACUUUUGAUCGCCUGCCAUUGGAUGAUGAUGAAAUUGCUGCAGCUAUGCAAAAUCAACAUUAUCAAAACGGUCGUAAUCAUCCCCUUACAGAUAUUUCAGACUUGUAUGGGAUCCCGCAGAACUUGCUCACCAAUGGAACCAUGACCCCUGAGUUGUACUCUUGGGCACCAGGCCGAACCAUGUCCAAAACCUAG